AUGGAUUCAAAUACCCGUCGGGACUUCGGACAUUGGCAGAGAUUCCUAAUCAAAGCCGUUGAAAACUCUUCUGGUUAUCAAUCAAGCUCCAUGGUUCGAUGUAAAAGGAACAAUUUGGGUUAUCUCCUCCAGGGAAAAAAGCCCAACCGCCGACAGGUUCAAGGAAUUCAACCUUCAGGCUUGUCAAGGAAAGCUCUGCCUGAGAAAGUGCUAGACAGUGUGGAUCCGGUUCUUGUUCAAGAAAAAGUGGACAGGGAGAUGAGCAGUGCAAACAAUCGUCUAAUGAGGAUAGCACAAGGGCUCACAUCGAAAUUGAAGAGAGCUGGAUCAGUUUUAGAAAUUGUGUUGCUUGCGCUGCAGAGUUGCCUAGAGAGCGGUUGGAUAUUACUGACGCUAGGCUGA